AUGUCAAGGCUAACUCAUCGAUCAAAGACGAGACUUCGUACUGGUGAAAACCAGCAACGGCUUGAGCAUGCUUUUGACAAUCAAGUGCGGGAGCUCGAGGACCAGAUUGAUGAGAGAGCUGAAGAACAUCAACAGGAUAUAAAGCGCGUUCAGGACGUCUUUGUAACCAGGCUGCUCGCCCUUGUCCGGAAGAAGGCAGAUCUUGAAAAGCAGAUCGUCCAACAUGUCCAAGAGCUUGCCGGAGCGUACGAAGUGGUCAAGGAAGAGUUCCAAGCUGUUGUGCAGGGUCGGUCGAAGGAUGUGCAGGAUGCCAUCAAUGCGCUGGAUGAACUGCAAAGGACUGGCAAUGCGGGUUCCGAAGACCAGUACUGA